GGAUCUAAUAAAUAAAACGCUUGAUAAGACGUUCCACGUCCACAAUUACAGACUGAUACAGGUAAGACGGCGGAAGAACAUGUCGCCAUAUGUGAUGAUGUCCCUCUUCUUUCUUGGCGUGUGUCUGUUUGUGGCAGAGGUGGCCGGACACCCAGGUCGACCCCCCCUGUGGAACCUGAACGAGGCCAGAAAUCUGUUCCACUUGGCCGAAGCCAGCAGCACUGUUAGAGAUGGUGUUCUCACAAAGACAGAGGUGCAGCAGAUCUUCACAGCAUUUGAUGGCAACGGUGAUGGGCGCGUCACAGAGACGGAGUUCACGACGUACUGGCAGACGAAGAAGCUGGGCAACCUCCAGGCUGCAGUGUACAUGUUCCAUCGCGCCGACACCGACAACAACGGCGUCCUGACCGUCACCCCGGACCUCGACCGGGUCUUCGGCUACUUCGAUACAGAUACUAACGGGAAGGUCAGCGAGGCUGAAUUUGCCGUCGUGUGGUCAAGUCUCACAAACUGAACAUCAUGGAAGUUACAAUCUUCAUCGUUAAUAAACCUUUCUUCCUGUA